GUUUGGCAGUCCAUCUAUCGAGUCUCGCAGUGAGUAUAUAAUCAGCUCGGAGCAUCCUACUGUACGCCUCUUCUAUACGAAUCAACGCCAACGAUUUUUCAUCUGAAGGGGAAAUGGAGGGAACUUCGAAUGGGGAAGAACCUGCUUCGUUUGAGGAGCGUUACAGCGUCAAUUUGAUGCCUAGCGAGGUUUUUUUGAAGUUCAGGAAAGAAAUUCAGGGUUUCCGAGUCGGCGUCAACUUAGAGCUGUACAAUUCUCCUCUGAACGACUAUCACGCAAAGCUGGUUCUGAAGCCUUUAGCCUUCGAGCGAAAAUGGAAGUUAAUUUACGAGCCAUUGUAUCAAGACGUACAGCUUGUUUCCAAGAAAAUUCCCAUUACAAAAUUCCUCAACCUCCAGGUUGGCGUAGGCCAUAGCUUUUCGCUGCACGCAACGGGUUGGAAGUGGAAGCUGACAUCAUGUUUGGGAGGAGAUGGUAUGUCGAGGAUUCGAAAUAAAACAUCCCUUGGUUUGUGUCCUGGAGUGGACUUUCGAUUCGGGUGGAGAGCUGAUUUUGUUCUCCCUGAAUUCACCGGAGGUGUGGGCACUGAUGAACCGUUGUUUAACAUGAAUUCCGGGCGCUUGGAGGCAUCUCUUGACAGAGUCGAGGCUAUCUUUACUCAUACUGAGGGAGAACAAUAGAAUCCGGUGGUCACCUGUCUCGACAGCAAGCUUUCGGACAUCAAUUGUAAAAUAUUCUAACAUCGGGUGAUGUCGACAAGGCACGCUGCCGAUGAGCUGUUUAUGUUAUAAACUUGUUGGCGCCACAAACGUCCCCUUAGAACAUAUUUCUAUUUAUAUCUUUGAGACGGGUAUGUUAAAUGUGUGAAUUUUGUGUCUUUGUUUUGAAAAUUUUAUUAAUGAAUGGGCUUCAUAUAA